AAAUAAGGAAAGAAACAAAAAUAAAAUGAGCAACAACAUCUUGUUACAUCAUCUGCACUUAGUCCUUUAACAAAUUUCACAAAUUUCAAUUUUUCUUUCCGUGCUGUGUGUCCACUACUAAGCCUAUCAGAUCAAAUCCACCGAUUCCCAAUUACUAGGGUUUUUUUUUUCUUUCAAUUCAACUCGAUUUCUUGAAUCUUGUUUUUUUAGUUCGAUUCGUUCUAUACGAAUUGAACGCUAUGGAGCAACCGCAGCUGCAACCGAUUUCUCAACCGGUAAUGACCGAAGAUGUUAGGGUUUUUGAGAAUUCUCAAAUGAUCGGAGUCAACUCUGUCAACACUGACGUGGCGACGUCAGAGACAGCUGUCAAAAGGAAGCGUGGUCGGCCCCCGAGAGGGACUCUUCCGCAGCCUCGGCCUCCUCCUAUGAAGAAGACGAAGGAUGAGGAGGAUGUUUGUUUUAUUUGCUUCGAUGGUGGCUCACUUGUUCUUUGUGAUCAUCGGGGUUGUCCUAAGGCAUAUCAUCCGGCAUGUGUGAAGCGGGGUGAGGAGUUUUUCCGUGCUACCGAUAGAUGGAGUUGUGGUUGGCAUCAAUGUAAUGAUUGUGGAAAAUCAUGCCACUACAUGUGCUAUACUUGUACAUAUUCCGUAUGCAAGGGUUGUACGAAAAAAGAAGUUGAUUUUGUUAGUGUUAGAGGAAACAAAGGUUUGUGUGGAACAUGCAUGAGGAUUAUAGUACUGAUUGAAAACAGUGCCCGGGGAAUUAAGUGCGAAGUAGAUUUUGAUGACAAAAGCAGCUGGGAGUAUCUUUUCAAGGUGUAUUGGAUGUACUUGAAAGGAAAACUAUCUCUGAACUUUGAUGAGGUCCUUCGAGCUAAAAGUCCAUGGAACGGUGUUGUUCGUGUAAGUUGCAAUGUUCAAGCUCCCCAUAAUGUUUUAGGAAUUCGCAAAGUUGGCAACGGUUAUGGUUCCGAGAGUUCCUGUAUAAUAAAUUCAAAUAGUCCAGUAAACAAGAAAGCUAAGGGAAAUAUUGGGGACAGUGCAUCGUACAGUGCUGGACGCAAUGUACAAGACUUGUCCACUACCAGUGAGCUAAAUGAGAAUAAAUAUGUAGUAAAGAACCAAAUCAGUCUUAAUGAAAUGGCAAACCAUGAUGAUACUAAUGCAGGAGACGUGAGAUUAGGAGAGUUUGGUGUUUCAAAAGACAUUUUAUCAUUACUUCACUCUACAGGGAUGGAACAGGCAGUCUGGCAUUAUCAGGAUCCAACUGGGAAGGUUCACGGUCCUUUUAGUAUGGCGUUGCUGCGCAAGUGGAAAGGAACUGGAUAUUUACCUCCAAAUCUCAGAAUAUGGAGUGAGAAACAAGAGAAAUCUAUAUUGUUGACGGAUGCACUGAGUAAGUGUUCCCAAAAUGUAUCAUUUCCAUUCAACCAUGAACAACAAUCUUUGGGGGCCAGUGUUACGGUGGUAAAUAAAGAAAAUAGUCAGGAUGGUCAACAAUCUUUGGGGACCAGUGUUAUGGUGGUAAAUAAAGAAAACAGUCAGGAUGGUCUUAACAUUGCAACAAGGAGUGAAGUUUGUGCUAACAACCAAAUUGUCAUGCUGAUAGCGGAUGAAAAGGUUGCUGAUGUUUGUACCCAAUCUAAUGGUAAAGAAUCUGUUAAGAGCAACGGUGGGCACACUCCGUCUCCUGUUUUUACUAUACAAGGGGAUGGAGAUGACUCUGUUAAGAGCAAUGGUGGGCAAACUCCGUCUCCUGGUUUGACUAUACAAGGGGAUGGGAAUAUCACUAAUAAUGGUAAAGAUGAGUCUGUUAAGAGUAACAGUGGGUACACUCCGUCUCCUGGUUUGACUAUACAAGGGGAUGGGAAUAUCACUAAUAAUGGUAAAGACGAGUCUGUUAAGAGUAACAGUGGGUACACUCCGUCUCCUGGUUUGACUAUACAAGGGGAUGGGAAUAUCACUAAUAAUGGUAAAGAUGAGUCUGUUAAGAGUAACAGUGGGUACACUCCGUCUCCUGGUUUGACUAUACAAGGGGAUGGGAAUAUCACUAAUAAUGGUAAAGAUGAGUCUGUUAAGAGUAACAGUGGGUACACUCCGUCUCCUGGUUUGACUAUACAAGGGGAUGUGAAUAUCACUAAUAAUGGUAAAGAUGAGUCUGUUAAGAGUAACAGUGGGUACACUCCGUCUCCUGGUUUGACUACACAAGGGGAUGGAAAUAUCAGUGAUGGCCAAAGUGGUCAUUUUGAAAGAAGGGAAGAGUCUCCCAAAUGUGAAGUUUCUUAUGCUGAUGUGCAACCUGCACUACCUUCAACAGCCUUUGAUGAGAAUUUGAACGAAAAACCGUCUUUGGAUAAAGUGGUGGUGGGCGGUAAUGAGAAUCAAGAAAAAUUGAAAGGGAAUGUAAAUUUUGGCUUCAAUGGGUUUUCUGAGGGUCCGGGCAAUAGUGGGCAAAGUGAUCAGAAACAAUCGGACAAUGAAGUGAAUUCAGGGCAAUAUGUAAAUUUGGGUUCCAAUGGGUCUUCUGAGGGUCCGGGUAAUAGUGGACAAAGUGAUCAGAAACAAUCUGACAAUGAAGUGAAUUCAGGGCAAUCUUCUGGUCAGAACUGGAGAGCCUCUGAUCUAGUUCACUCUGAUAUAGUCCAUCCACCAAUGGAUGCCCCUUCAUGGCUGGCUGCAAUCUUUGGCGAAACUGAUUCAGUUUCAGAUCUGUUGGAACAGUUAGAGGCAAAUGAGAAAGGUGGUGAAUUGGAGUCUCCUGCAGAAAUAAUGGAGUGGGAUGAUGAGUUGACUGAGGGUGCUAUUACUGAUUGUUUCGGUUUCGCUAAAGCAUUAAGCCCAAUGCUUGAUGGAGGUAAACUUGAUACUCUGCCCUCCUCAAGUGAUUUACAUUUACCCUCCAGUGAUUUACAUUUAUCAUCUCAAUCCCAACCCGUCGCAUCAAAGGAGCCAUUUCAGCAAGCUGAUGUACAUAAUCAUCAAGUUAUAGGGGGAGAACAAUCUUCAAAACCUUCCAAAGCUGAAACUGAGCCUACUUUCCCAGGUAUUAGUUGGAAUCCAGCUGGUCAAUUUUCAUGGGAAUCAAGUCGUUGAAAUGCCAUGCCAGAUGAUUUUGCAUUGGAGGCUCUACUAUUUUUCUUUAGUCUUUAGGCUGAAACAAAUUUUAGACAAACUUGAAUCGGAUACUUAAUAUCCUGUUUAUAACAGCAUUCUUUUGCAGCACAGCGACCUCUCACCUUCCUUCAUUGUUGAGGAAGAAAUGGAAGAGUGUCGUUCUUCUUCUUCGUAGUCAGUCAACUCUAUUUCGCUAUAUAAUUUUUUCUUGAACAUUGAAACGCAGAGAAACUUAUUCUUGAUAGUUUAAUUUUAACUCUGAUGCGGAAAUUCUAUAAUUGGCCUAAUAUAUUUCUUUCUUUGGUUUUUAUA